CGAAACUGAUCUCAACAGACGAAAUGGAGCUAGAGGAUGAAGUUGUGUGUUUGGAAGCUAAGAAUCCAUUAUCGGUCGCGUCUACUAACAAAAUGUGGUAUGAUAAACUACAACUGUUUACACACUUUACAGCACUUUCGAAUGAAGAUUCGGAUUUAUUUCUUCAAGCAAGUGUUGAACAAUUAGGAAGAAUUUUAAGAAAAUACUAUCGUAUAGGAAUGGAAUCAUCAAAUUCCUUUCCAUCUACACCUUCAAAUCCAGUCGAUGGUCCAUCAAUCAUCGAGCAUGUCGUAAAUCAUUUACAAUUCAAAAAUAAUUGCACUCUUGUACAUUUGGCAGCUCGAUAUAACAAUGUAUUCGUUCUGAAUUGGAUGUUAACAUGUUGCUGUGAUGAUAACUGUAAGCAUGGAGAACAUUCCUUAGAAUGUCAUGCCAGACAAGAGAAAUUAUGGUCGGCAUGUGACAAGAAUUUGUCAACACCCUUAUUUUAUGCAAUUUCUACAUCAAAAACAAGCUCAGAACAAGCAAAUACUGAUUCAGAUGAAAAUUCAACACAUCCUUCCCAUGAAUCAAUUGUAUUUUUACUAAGUCAACCAAGUGUUAAAACCAAACAGUUAAAUCAUCACACAGACACUCAUGGAAACCUUCCAAUUGUGGUAGCACUUCGAAGAAGAGACUAUUCUCUAGCAGAUUUACUAAUCCUCUUUGGUGCAAAACUCAAUAUUACUGUUGGAUUGGGACUCGGCACAUCAGAGUCCAUUCUUCACAGUGCAUGCAGAGAACGAGAUAUGAAAUUGCUGAAAUUCAUUGGACCUCGUUGUAAUAAGGUCCUGUUGAAGAGGAAUCAGAGAGAUGAGAAUUGCCUCUUUUCAUGUUUGAAAGAUUUCAGGUCGAAUCAAUUCCAGUCAAGUGCUAGAGCACAUUCGAGCAUUUCAAUGCAUUCGGAUUUUUUAAGAGAAUUUCUUAAUAUGGCAAGUUCAUUGUUUGGAAGUGAUACAUUUGAGAAAGCAUUGAUUUUGAAGAAUUCAUUUGGUAGAAAUAUUCUGUUGGAAUCAGUUGCUUUGAAUGAUCACGAAUCGAUGAAAGUCAUUUGUCAAUUUUUAUCAAAUUAUCAGCAGCAACCAGAUCGAUUGAAUGUCAGUGCUAGUAAUUUAUUAUCAAACUCAGAAUCAAGCUCGUCAGAUUCUGAUUUUUCACCUUCUACUUUGACUAGUUCAUUUUCUUCACCAAUUUCUAGAUCUAAAUCUGCAAAAAGCUCAAAUUCUUUAUUGGAAACUAUUGUAUUCGAUACUGACAAGCAAGGAAAUAGUAUUCUUCAUAUUAUAGCAGGUGCAGUUAUCAAGUCAAUUGAAAAUCUUGAGGAUUUCAUGUGGUUGUUCGAUGGAAUGAAAUGGCUAAUGAUAUGGAUGGAAAAUAAUUUUAAACCUAGUUCAGGAUUGGAUUCUCCUCUUUCUCCUUUGAUGCAUUCGAAUGCGCCAAUUCAGUUAUCUGUAUUUACAAAAGCACACAAGAAUUCUGAAGGAUUGACAGUUUCAGAUUUGAUUUCUAAUGCAAGGAGAAGUGACAAGACAGAAUGGGCAGUCUCAGUAGUUUCAGAAAAGAUGAAAGAAACCAUUCGAAAGUGGAAAAAGCUCGACAAUCAUGACAUUAUCGGUGAAGAUCACAAUGAUGAUGCAGCAAGCGAUUCAAGUUUGGUAAUUGGAAGAAAAUCCAAUGCUAGAUUUUCCAAGUCUUUUCCAGCUGGUGCCUUAACCAUGCUUUCUUCUAAUCAUACUGUUCAGAUAACAAUUAACAAGUCAGAAAAUCAACAACCAACUAGAAACAAACUUGGAUUCUUGGCCAAGUUAAAACUUGGAAGAAAAAAGAAAUAAAGUAUUAGUGAGAUAC